AUGUCCGCCUUCUCCCGCUCUAGCACUGGCAUCUCCGUGGUCCAGCAUUUCUCCUCUCUCAUAACCGGCAAGAUAAUCGUCAUAACAGGUCCUUCAGCCAAUAGUAUCGGCGCCGAGACCGCCAUCUCACUUGCUCAUGCCUCUCCUUCUAUCAUUCUUCUAGCUGGACGUUCAGAAGCCAAGAUUUCUCCUGUUAUCAAAGAAAUUCAUACUCUCAAUCCCUCCAUCACAACCCAUUUUGUACCCCUCGAUCUCGCUUCUCAGACAUCAAUAAGAAAAGCCGCUUCUUUGAUCAAUAGCCUGGUUGAAAAAAUCGAUAUUCUGAUCAACAAUGCAGGUGUAAUGGCUGUACCGACUUACCAAACGACUGAAGAUGGAAUUGAAUUACAAUUCGGUUGUAAUCAUAUCGGUCAUUUUCUUCUUACCAAUCUAAUUUUGGAGAAACUUUUGAAGGCAGGGAGGGAAGGGCGAGCGAGGAUUGUGAAUGUUAGUAGUACUGGGUAUGAGCUCGGGGGUGUUCAAUUUGAUGAUUGGAAUUUCAACGAAGGAAAAGACUACGAUCCUUGGCAAGCAUAUGCACAAUCUAAAACGGCGAAUGUUUUGUUCUCUAGUACUUUGGCCGCAAGACUAAAGGAUAGAAAUAUACAAUCUUUUGCACUUCAGCCCGGAUACGUACCUACAAGCAAUCUCCAAGCUCAUGUUACUUCGGAAAUGUGGAGCAAUGUCUUGCAACAAAUUUCCGAAUCUUCGGGUGGCCAAGAAUUCGAGCCUCCAAAAACACUCCAAGAAGGAUGUUCUACCACCUUAGUCGCAGCUUUAGAUCCAUCUAUUUCAGAAUCAUCCGGCGGAUUCCUCCAAGACUGCAUCAUCAGACCCGUACCCCAAGAUCACGCAGUAGGCGUAGGCAACCAAGUUCGAUUAUGGGAUUUGAGCGAGAGGUUAGUGGGACAGCAAUUUGACAUCUUUAUAUAA